AUGAACAUCUUCCGCAUCCUCGGCGACGUCAGCCAUUCCGCCUCCAAGAUCAUCCUGAUAUGGUCUUGCCAUAACAACAAAUCGGCCGAAGGGGUUUCGUUGCUCACCCAGCUCCUAUACAUUCUGGUCUUCGGAUCUCGCUACCUCGACCUGUUCUGGGUGCCCCCGAGCGUGAAUCUCUGGAACUUUGUGCUCAAGAUCUGCUACAUCUCCAGCUCCGCAUACAUUGUCUUCAUCAUGAUGCGGGUGUUUGCGCGGACGCGCGAAAAGGAAUAUGGAUGGAAGCUGGCUAUCUGGAGUCUGGUGGGAAGUACCGUGGGUGCGCCGAUUGUAUGCCUGUUGUUUGAGGGCUGGGUACGCUGCGGCUUUUCAGAGCUUCUAUGGACCUUUUCAAUCAUCCUAGAAUCCGUGUGCGUGCUGCCGCAACUGCUGCUCCUCCGACAAACCAAUGUUCCUACCGUGCUGGAUUCCUUCUACCUUGUCACACUCGGCACAUACCGCUUCUUCUACAUCCUCAACUGGGUGGUGUUGCUGUUCACGGGUGGAAAGUUCGAUGCCAUCAGUUUUAUAUUCGGCGUAGUGCAAACGGCGCUCUACAUGGACUUUGCUUGGGUAUACUGGACUCGCCAGCGCGUCAAGCUACGCGGAGGCGGUUUGGUAGAUUCAGACGACCUGAGCAAGAGCUUUUUGGUGAAACGGUUGAUCGGAAGACGAGGGAACAGGAAUAGCACGGACGGUGAUAAUGACGAGGACGAGCUGGAUGCGGAUACUGCCACCCUGUCUGCACAGGAGAAUGGUGUCGUCAGGCCAAGCGUUAGUCGCAGUGGAAGGAGUUGGGGAGCUCGUGGGAUCAGUGUGUCCGCCGAUCAGCCCGAGGACGACGAGGAUGAUGGAGCAGCAUAUCUUGAUCAGGACGCGGGUGAUGCGCAGAUGGUCGAUCCUUCGCACUUCGAGGACAACAGCGACGAUGAUACCGACGCACCUGCACCUCCUGCAAAGGAUACGAAGCCAAAGCCAGGCGACGGAGUGGAUGAGGCAGAUGAGGAGGUUGGGAGCAGCGCUGCGGAGUGGCAAGAUGGAGGCUCCAAAUAA